UACUCAGAGUACCCGAACAACAGUUGCCAACACAAUGAUCCAGCUAUCCUUGCUGUCUAGCUACAGUAGCUAGAUAAUAGUGUUGACAGAUCCGAUUAGGAUUACUACUACAACUAUGGCCGGGGAGGCGGUGGACGAUAUACCUGAGUCGGGAGCAGUCUUUACCUUCGGAAAAAGCAAAUUUGCAGACAACAUUCCCAGUAAAUUUUGGCUGAAAAAUGACACACCCCUAGAAAUUGCUUGUGGAGAUGAACACACAGCAUUGCUUACAGAAAAUGGAAAGCUUUUCAUGUUUGGCAGUAAUAACUGGGGUCAGCUUGGUUUGGGAUCAAAGACGUCCGUGAACAAGCCCACUUGCGUGAAAGCUUUGAAGGCUGAAAAGGUGAGGCUGGUGGCCUGUGGGAGAAACCACACCAUUGUUUAUACAUCUCGGGGACAUGUUUAUACCUCUGGCGGAAACAAUGAGGGUCAGUUAGGCCUGGGGGACAAUGAAGAGAGGACUGCCUUUCAGCUGGUAAACUUCUUAAACACACACGGACCAAUCAAAAUGCUUGCUGCUGGCUCAAACACAUCGGCUGCUCUGACUGAGAGUGGGAAGUUGUUCAUGUGGGGAGAUAAUGCUGAGGGCCAGAUUGGCCUGGGUAAGGAGAGCAAUGUCACCACCCCCCAGGAAGUCACAGUGGGCUAUGCCGUAUCCUGGGUGGCUUGUGGUUACUACCAUUCAGCCUUUGUCACGGUGGAUGGUGGGCUGUUCACGUUUGGUGAGCGCGACAGUGGAAAACUGGGGCUUACCACUGACCAGCUGUCUGGUCACCGUCUCCCCCAGCUAGUCAGGGGCAUCACACAGCCAGUCAUUAAAGUGGCAUGUGGAGGUGGACACACCGUGGCACUGACAGAGGAGGAUGUGUACACGUUUGGCCUGGGCCAAUUUGGCCAGCUGGGCCACGGAACAUUUAUCUUUGAGGCGCGGCUUCCCAGAGCUCUUGAGCACUUCAGGAAGGGGCGCGUCCAACACAUCAUGUGUGGGGAGAACCACACGGCGGUGAUCACAGACAGUGGCCUCCUGUACACGUUUGGGGAUGGAAGACACGGGAAGCUGGGCCUUGGAGAAGAGAAUUUCACCAAUCAGUUCAAACCCACUUUGUGUUCGCGCUUCCUCAAGUACAAUGUCAAAGCGGUGACCUGCGGUGGCUGUCAUAUGCUGGUGCUGGCCAGGUACAGGGACAAGAGCUGUGGGGAGGUGAUCAUGGAGGAGGAUGACGUGACAGAGAACUACCUGGAGAAGUCUUACACAGAGCUGCUAGGAGACACAUCCACCAGCCUCACCAGGAGUCUUUCUGCUAGGGUCAGGAGGCGAGAGAGGGAGCGCUCGCCCGAGCAGUUUGGCUCCAUGUUCCACACCCUGCCCAGCCUGACAUCCGGCCACCUCAACCCCCUGUUAGUGUCCAGCCAGCUGGCCAACAGAAAGGUGCACAACGACAUUCACCAACACAGGAGCACGGGCUCAAACCAGAAGGAGCGGAGAAAUGCAAAGGAGGGAGACUGUCCUGUGGACAACCUAACAGACAACGUUAGCGUCAAAGACUUGGGAGACACAACUGACUUCUUAAACAUGACUCACGUGAUUAAAAUGGACCCCAGUGACAAGACACUGACAUUGUCUCCUGUUCAGAAGUCUGCAGAGGAGGAAGAUGAGAGUGAGGUACAUAAUGAAACAGAGGAGGAAGGUGAGGAGGAGGAGGAAGGUGAGGAGGAGGAGGAAGGUGAGAAGGAGGAAGGUGAGGAGGAGGAGGCGGAGAGCAGUGCAAGCGAAGAAGGCGAGGACGAAGAGGAAAAGGAAGAGGUAGAAAGUGACAUGGAUGAGGGCGAGGGAGAAGAGGAGACCAGCCAGAUAGCUGAGGAAGAAAGUCGAGAGGAGGAGCAAGAGGAGGAAAAUGAGAGUGAGAAGGCGGAGGAGGAAGAGGAAGUCAUGGAAAGUGAGGCAGACGAAGAAGAGGAGGCAGAGGAAGAAGAUGAAAAUGAAGAGGAAGCAGAAGAGGAAGAGGAAGAAGAUGACAGAAGGAAGAAAAAAAAAGCCGAUGUCGGAAAGAAAAGCAAAGAAAAUCUACGAGACAAGUCCUCUGAUGCCAAAGCUGUCAGGUCUCAAGCUAAAACCAAACUGAAGCCUACUGGUAAGGGCCAGCCUGCUAAGACAUCUCAUGAUUCCCAGCAGUUCUGGGAGGAUGUUUUACCACAAUACCUCAACCUAAAAUGAUCUGAACCAGACCAUCAUGUCUCAGGAUAAACUUAAACACCAGUGGAUCGAUUAUUCUUAGUUCAAUGUUUUUUAAUCUUUUAUCUGAUUUAUUGAUCCAAACUCAAUACUUUCUGUCUGCCUGUCAGAACAUUUUCGUUGUCUUUUUCUCAUUGCCUUACCAAUACAAUGAAAUGUAUUUAUAUCAUAUUCAUAUGGCAGCUAAAAAGAAUCAUCCCCAAAUGCAGAAGCUUGACGAAGCAUACAGUCCACUCAAGUCACUGUUGUGCUAAUGUUACUACUGUACAAUGUGGUUUGUGUGUACUUAGCAAUCCCUCUGCCUCACACCAAGUAAUUCCUGUAACAAUUGUAACAUUGCAUUUGAAUGAGCGAUUCCUGCUAAGUUUAGAAUCAGCUGGUUUCUCAAUCACAAUGGUUUUAUUUACUAAUGGUCUUGGUCAAUGGUGUGUGCUUUGUAGUAAGAAUAGUUUGAUAUUCACUUUUUUUCAUGGUUCAAAUUGUCUAAUAAAUAUGUAGACACAAUGGUGCCAAAGUAUCAAAUUUCAAAUCUUUCCAUAUUUCAAUAUAUGUAGUUUCUACAGGAAUCUUUAUGAAUUACUAACUAAUUGUGGAAACACACCAGUUUGCAUCAAAGGUAUUUGAGUGAUCUACUUCAGGUGGGGUCCCCAUUCAAUUUCCUAAAAGGCUUCAUCCCCUAGUGAUAGCCACCCCUCCUGUGACUGGUGUAGUGACCCGCUCCUAGAACUCUUUCCCUUGUGUUUGUGUUUUCUACAGUGAAACUUACAUUUUCCCACCCCUUGGACUUUUUGACAUAGUGUGUUCUGCUACAAAAUAGAAUCAAAAUGCUCAUUGGAACUCUCAUGCUGCCUUAUGAUGAACCCCCAACUUUCACAUGAUCGGGAUAGAAUUGAGAAACAACUGGUUGUUUGUCCAGAGUUUGGGCUUGUUAUUACAAUUCUCACUUCAAUGCAUUUUGAUUCUCAUUUUAGCACUAAAAUGCACGUGUUAAAGGAUCAAAGAAUGUGUUAAAGGUCAAAGGGCGAUGUAACAAAGUGUCACAAAAGAUAUUUUCUUUGUAAUUGAUCUCUAUAGAUAUAUUUGUGAUAUAAACUUGAUGUUAUCUUGUAGCUAGUAACCUGAAUGGCAUGUUAGAGGUUUGAGUACAUCAAACGUAUAGUGUAAAUGAAAUGGGCGCAGUGGCAUUCUUCAGAAUGAUUGCUUACAGUUCCAUGACAAGAACAUUACAUUUUCAUUAUAUACUUCAGACCUUUUAUGUUCAUUUGUUGAGUCCUUAUAUAUUGAUGCAUUUUGUUCAUUCUUUCCGCCCUCAUACUCUUGUUUUUCUCCAAACCCUG